UUAUUGUAGCCUAAUGAAACCACGUGGGUCGUUACACAGUAGCUUACAAAAUAAUUAUGGCAAACGCGGUUCCAAGUGACCGCAUGAAUUGUCUUGUUCUGAAGGGUCCAGUAGCGUCCACUGCAUGCACGAAUAUGCACGGACACGCCCACCACACAAUAGAAAGUCGUUUCAAAGUUGCCAGUGUCAUUUCGAAGUUGUGAAGUUCAAGCGAAACAACACGACAUGGAACUUUCUGGAAUGUUGCGCUAACUAUAGAAAGAAUGGCCGAAGCGGUCCCAAGUAACCAGGAGCUUUUUACAUGUCCGAUUUGUCUUGAUCUAUUGAAGGAUCCAGUCACUCUUCAUUGUGGACAUAGUUACUGUAUGGGCUGCAUUAAAGGCUGCUGGGACCAGGAAGAUCAUAAGGGAAUUUACAGCUGCCCGCAGUGUAGACAGACUUUCACCCCAAGACCCAUUUUAAACAAAAAUAAUAUUUUUGCUGAGCUUGUAAGGCAGAUACGGAAUACUAGAGUGCAAACUGUUGCUCCUGCUCCUGAUGUUGUUGUGGGCCUAUUUGCUGGACCUGGAGAUGUGGAGUGUGACGUAUGCACUGGGAGAAAACUCAAAGCUGUGAAGUCCUGUCUGGAGUGUCUGGUGUCUUAUUGUGAAAUUCACUUGAAAGCCCACAAUGAUGUAAUCCCUGGCCGAAAACACAAUGUCAUUGAUGCCAUAGGUCAGCUACAGGAGAGGAUCUGCACCCAACAUGAGAAGCCUCUGGAGAUAUUUUGCCGCACGGACCAAAGCUGUGUCUGUUUUCUCUGCAUGGUGGAUGAACACAAAGGCCAUGACACCGUGUCAGCUUCUGCAGGGAGAAAGGAGAAACAGACACACUUUGAGGAGACCCAGAGUAAAUUCCAGCAAAGGAUCCAGGAGAGAGAGAAGGAGUUACUGGAGCUGAUGAAGGCUGUGGAAACUCUCAAGAGCUCUGCACAGACAGCAGUGGAGGACAGUGAGAUGGUCUUCACGGAUAUGAUCCGCACCAUUGAGAGAAGGCGCUCUGAAGUGGAAGAGCUGAUCAGAGCUCAGGAGAAGGCUGAGGUGAGUCGGGCUGAAGGCCUCCUGAAGCAACUGGAGCAGGAGAUUGCUGAGAUGAAGAGGAGAGAUGCUGAGAUGGAGCAGCUUUCACACACAGACGAUCACAUCCAUUUCCUCAAGAGUGUCCAGUUGGUCAGCGCCAAACUUGAAUCUAAAGAUUCACUCAGUUUCCAUGUAAACCAAGGCCUCUCCUUUGAGGCCGUGAAGAAAUCUGUCUCCUCAUUAAAGGGGCAGCUGGAGGAGUUCUGUGAAGAAGAAGUCAUGAAGAUAUCUGCAGCAGUGAAUGAAGUCCAGGCAAUUUAUACUGAACCGACAACCAGAGAGGAAUUCCUACAAUACUCCUGUCACUUCACAUUGGAUCCAGAUACCGCACACAGAAACAUCACACUGUCUGAGGGGAACAGGAGGAUGGUGUGGAGAGCUGAACCCCUGUCAUACCCUGACCAUCUAGAGAGAUUUGAUGAGUGGUCUCAGGUGCUGUGUAGAGAGGGUGUGGAUGGGCGUUGCUACUGGGAGGUUGAGUGGAGUGGGGGGUGGAUUAAUUUAGCAGUGUCAUAUAAAAGCAUAAGCAGGAAGGGAGAUGUUGAAAACUGUUGGUUUGGAUAUAAUGACCAGUCCUGGAGGCUGUGUCUCACCGGCUCCAACUCUUCGUUCUGGCACAAUAAUAAAGAGACUGAGCUGCCUCUAGUGUCCAGUCCCAGGAUAGGAGUGUAUGUGGAUCACAGGGCAGGAGUGCUGGCCUUCUACAGCAUCUCUGACACAAUGACCCUCCUGUACAGAGUCCAGACCACAUUCACUCACACACUCUACCCUGGGUUUGGGCUAGGUGAGGGCUCAUCCAUGAAGCUGUUGUAAACCACACACAUGCAUGACAAACCAGUUUAUCAGCUUCUGCUGAUGGGGAUGGGGGGCUGGGGAUGUGGCAAUGUUGAUGCUGUUUCUUGUAGCUUUAACUAGCUUGGGUGAGUUUCUAGAAUUUUUUUUUUAAAUGUAGGCCUACAAUAUUCUGCAUUCUGGAUUCAAAUCAGAUCAAAACUCCUACAACCCAUGAGUCUGUCAGUGCACAAAGCAUGCUGGCCUUUUCAUCAUGCAGUAAAGUUUAUUUAAU